CUGUCUGGCGGGAAGGAAGGUUUGCUUGUGAACUAGGGCAGAGAACAGAGAAAGCUUCAGAUCAACAACAGCCGGCAAAAGUCUUGCAGCCGGAUCCCAGGAAGGUCUGCUUAGAACGACCCAAUCGGAGAACGGGAAGGAGAUGGAAGAACAGGACCCAGAAGGACCUGGAACUGGGAAGGCAGCAAGCAAAGUCCCCCUUCUCCUCCAAGCUGGGAGUGGUGUUGAAUUCUGGGAAAGAGCUGUGCCAGAGAUCCUGGCUAAUGACACUGUAACCUCAGAUGUGCAUUGCCAACGCUUCCGGCUGUUCCAGUACCGCAUGGUUGAUGGGCCUCGGGAGGUAUGCAGCCAGCUCUAUGGACUUUGCAACCACUGGUUGAAACCAGAGAGGCACACCAAGGAGCAGAUCAUGGACCUGGUGAUCCUGGAGCAGUUCCUGGCCAUCCUGCCCCCAGAGAUCCAGUGCUGGGUCAGAGGGUGUGGACCAGAGACCAGUUCCCAGGCAGUGUCCCUGGCCGAAGGUUUCCUCCUGAGUCAGACAGAGGAGAACAAGCAAGCAGAACAGAAGUGGCGACCAUCUGUGAAGAUUGAAGAUGCAUUCCCUGAAGUGGAAGAAACUUCCUUAGAGCAAGGGCAGAGUGCACAAACCAUGGAGUGUGCCCCAGCUGCCCUCUCCUGUGCAGAGGAUGAUCAGAAGAAUGAGGCUGGUGUGGAACUUUAUCAGCAAUCACCAAAUAAAGUGAAAAGGGAAGACAUGAAAGGAGACUUCUGGAAUCAAGGCAGACUGAAGAGGCAGAAAGGCAGCCAAGUGGUCAAGAAGACAGAAAAACUCAUUCCUUGCCAAGAGGGGGAUUUCCGAAAAGCCAUUCAGAUGGAGAAAGAAACAUACAAGUGCUAUAACGUGAACUUUUCAGAUCAAACCCAAUAUAAUGUCCAUUUCCAUGGAAAGAAAUACAGUUUGAAUGGCACUCUUCAAAGCCAUCAAAAAAUCCACAAAGUGGAGAAACCUUUUGAAUGCUCAGAGUGUGGGAAGAGAUUCACUUGGAAUAGCAGUCUUCAACAGCAUCAUAGAACUCACACAGGGGAGAAACCUUUUGAGUGCUCAGAGUGUGGAAAGAGAUUUAGUGCUCUUGGCAGGCUUCAGGUGCAUCAAAGAACCCACACAGGGGAGAAACCUUUUGAGUGCUCGGAGUGUGGAAAGAGAUUCACUCAGAGUAGCAAUCUUCAACAGCAUCAAAGAACCCACACGGGGGAGAAACCUUUUGAGUGCUCAGAGUGUGGAAAGAGAUUUAGCCUCCUUUGCAAUCUUCAGGUCCAUCACAGAACGCAUACAGGGGAGAAACCUUUUGACUGCUCAGAAUGCGGAAAGAGGUUUAGUUUUCUUGGCAAGCUUCGGAUGCAUGAAAGAACCCACACAUGGGAGAAACCUUUUGAGUGUUUGGAGUGUGGAAAGAGAUUUGGUCGUAUUUGCAUUCUUCAGGUGCAUCGAAGAAUCCACACAGGGGAGAAACCAUUUAAGUGCUUGGAGUGUGGAAAGAGUUUCAGUCAGAGUGGUCAUCUUCAGCAGCAUCAAAGAACCCACACAGGGGAGAAGCCUUUUGAGUGCUCACAGUGUGGGAAGAGAUUCAGCGUCAAUUACAAACUUCAGCGGCAUCAAAGAACCCACAUGCGUGAAACCUUUUGAGUGUUCAGACUGUGGAAGAGAUUCAGUCAGUUCGGCAAUCUUCAGCUGCAUCAAAGAAGCCACACAGGGGAGAAACCCUUUGUGUGCUCAGUGUGGAAAGAGAUUCAGUGACAAUAGCAAUCUUCAACAUCAUCAAAGAACCCACACAGAGGAGAAA